AUGUUCCAUUCAUCGAAGCCGUACUCGGCCGUCACCGUACAGGUUGAGGUUCUGACCAGUGAACAAUAUGAGGUGGAAGAUUCCAGUGGUAUCGUUGACCUGAUAGAGGUUGUCCGCAUACAGGCCAGCGGACCACAAGAAGCCAGUAGGGCACUACGCAAAAAACUGAAAUAUGGCAAUGUUCAUCGACAGCUUCGCUCUCUCACCAUAUUAGACUUCCUGGUUCAAAAUGCAGGCGAGAGGUUCCUUCGCGAUUUCGCCGACGAGUCGCUCCUGGAAAGACUGCGCAUCGCGGGAACAGAUCCCAUCUCCGAUCCCUUGGUCAAGCAGAAAUGUAAACAGAUAUUCGGUCAAUGGGCUAGCACGUACAAGAAUACACCAGGCAUGGCUCGUAUUACGGGACUCUACAAGCAGCUUCCGCGGAAACAACCUGCCACGCAAGCCAAGGCCAAGGUUCUCCGUGAGGGUGUUGACCACGCUGGACCACCCAUGGGACACACGGUUUCGAUAUCGACAGGUCACGGCCCCUCAAAGUCUUUGAGUGACCCCAAAUACAAGAACAAGAAAGUUAAGGAAAAGGAAAAGAAGGACAAGCAAAGGAAGAGAGAAAGCAUGUUUUCUGUAAGCUCCCUAAGCUCGAGAAACUUUAACAUGGAGCGCGAACGGCCAGAGAUCCUGCAAACACUGGCUUCAUCUUCUGUCGCCAGUACCAAUCUUCUGAACGCGCUGAAAUUGGUGAAUCGCGAGACCACUCGAGUGAGUGAGGAUGCCGAAUGCGUUAAUCGAUUUGAAAAGUGUAAGACACUACGACAUCAAAUCCUGCGAUACAUACAGAAUAUCGAAAGUGGGGAGCUCCUUGGAGGAUUGAUUCACGCAAAUGAGGAGCUCGUAACGGCAUUGAUGGCUUUUGAAGUGCUGGACAAGAGCGUCGACUAUGAUAGUGACAGUGAUGAUGAUGAUGUUAUGUCACCGCAUUGGAAAUCGAAAAUGGAUAUUGAGGAGGAGAUGAACAACGCUUUUAGUGGAUUGUCUGUCAACCCAGCUAAGCCCCCGCGGCCACCUCGACCUCUCAGCAUGCCGCCUGCUUCGUAUUCGCGGCGCGUCUAUGUCAGUGAGAGUGAAUCAGAACAGGAAGAUGACGAUGAUGAGAACAAUCCUUUUGGGGAUCGCAAUGCUAUUACCUCGACAGCUGAAAAUAAGGGUUAUAGCUGGUAG